CGACUUGCCGAAUGCGGAGGGUUAUUUCCGCACCAGGGGCUCAUCGCGCACCUCUGACAUUGGCCUUUUCUACCACCAGACUGUUCCCGUUUAAUAAUUUAAUUUUGCAAGUUAAAAAAAAAGCUUUAUACUCAUCAUGUCCUGGAACUCGUACGUUGACAAUAUGAUGGCCGAUGGUCAGUGCCAAGACGCCGCGAUCGCCGGAUAUAAAGAUAACCCGGGGGUCUGGGCCAAAGUGGACGGCGGCAGUUUCGAACACAUCUCGAAAGCGGACAUUGAUGCACUGCUCUGUAAGGAUACCUCCCACAUGUUCACCAAUGGGUUGAAUCUAGGCAAGGACAGAUGUUCAGCGUUGAGACACAACUUUGAAACGGACAGCACCUUGGACUUGCGGACAAAGAGCAAAGAUGGAGGCCCGACCUACAACAUCACAGUGGGCAAGGGAGUCCAAUGUCUAGUUUUCGCAAAGGGUAAAGAAGGUGUUCACGGGGGUGUCGUAAACAAGAAAGUCUAUGAUAUGAUAGUAUACCUGAAGAAAUCCGGCUACUAGACUUCUAAGACAUCAUCUUCUCCUUAGACCACAGCUAUCUCCUCAAGCAAAAGACACUCAAGGACAUGUCCUUGUGACCAGAACCCAAUGAAAAAAUAAUAAAGUGCCUUUCUAAAUCAGGUUGCAAGUGUGUUUUCUGAAUGCUGCUUUCUCCAUUUUGAGAAGCUUUCAUGAAAUAAAUUAAGGUAUUUGAAA